GCAUGCGCACUAGGAUGUAAACACAAAGGCGCUGCCCAGCUGGAAAAAUGACAGGCAUGAAGGCAUGACUAAUGGAACAAGUCUCAUUUUACGACAACGUCUUCAUGAGACUUUAUUUCGCAUAACUAAGAUUGUUUGGGGUUCGCACGUCUGUAUCCGUCGCGACUCUGAGGUUUGAAUAUAAUGGACGCCGUCCUGGGCAGGCUGCAAACCCUGACCCCAGAUGAGCUGCGGGAGGAGAUCACAAGGGCAGGAUUGAAGUGUGGACCCAUAACUGCCACCACUAGGAGCAUCUUUGAGAAGAAACUUGCCCGAGCUCUUUUGGAGGAUCAGCUGGGAGAGUGCAGUAGGUCAGAAGUGGAUGGUGGAGAAACCGGUAGCUCUUCAGACCACGCUCAGUCUCCACCAGCGAAUUCAGAUGUGCUGAGGUUGGACGUGAGUCCUUCAAAACAUGUUUCUGAUGAUGCUACCCAACAGGCAUCUCCUGAAUCUCCCUCUUUAUUUUAUGGAGUUUUGCCUCCUCUAGAUGAACCAUUGGUCAGUGAUGGUUUCCUCCGUGUAUAUGAUGACAAGCAGAAAGCACUAAAAGCAGUAAUGACAAUGAAAGGUGCACGGUUUAAAGCUUUCUAUAGCAGAGAGGAUGCUGAGAACUUUGCUAAGGGCUUGCAUGAUGGUGGUGCGACACCCAGCAAAAAUUCAGCAGACAAACUCCAUGCUACAUCUACAGCAGAGAAAUCACCAAAUCUGGAAACGGCGUAUUUGGAGAAGGCUAAUGAGUUCAGAAGUCCGCGCAUACAAGACCUGACAACGAAACUUAGAAGAGCUGUGGAGAAAGGAGACGAAGAGGCUUUUAAAGAGCUUGUCUGGGGUAACCCAAGAUACCUUAUUGGAUCUGGGGACAACCCAACUAUUGUGCAGGAAGGCUGCAGAUACAACGUCCUCCAUAUAGCAGCAAAAGAGAACCAAGCGGGGAUGGCACGCCUCAUACUGGAGACCCUACAAAGUCCAGAGUUCAUGCGUCUCAUGUACCCUGACGAUCAGGAAGACAUGCUCUGGCAACGAAUCAGCUACAUCUUGGACCUGUACCUCAACACACCUGAUAAAGGGAGCAAUGAGACGCCGCUUCACUUUGCCUGUAAGUUUGGAUGCCCAGAGGUAGUGAAUGUUCUUUGUUCACAUCCAGACAUCGAUAAGAACUGCAGGAACAAGUACGGACAGAUGCCAUUUAGUGUGAUAUGUGAAAGGAAAAACAAAAAUAAGGAAACUAAAGAAAAGAUUCAAGAAUAUUUGGAGGAUCGUUUUUUCGUGCCCUUACUGAGAGCCACAGAUAACACUCUUAACCCAGUGAUCGGUGCACCCUGGGCCCCUGGCACCUCUAAAUAUCAGGAUGUGUCUCUAAUCCCUGGGUUGAUGGAGGAUCCUAAAAACCCACUGAUGACUAUUAGGGCAUUUGUAGGCCCUCUGAAUUUAUCAAAGGCAGAAGAGUUUCACAAGCUGUGGAAAACACCGCCUCGUGAUCGAGCAAAAUACUUUCAUCACAUUUUAAAAUCUGAUCCUGAUCGAGGAGCGGAGAGAGUAGGAAGGGAAUUAGCGCAUGAGAUGGGGUACCCCUGGGCUGAAUACUGGGACUUCUUGAAUUGCUUCACUGACCUCUCCACAGAGGACGGCUUGAGCAUGUUGGAGGAUUAUUUGAAUAAAUCCAUCCAGCAGAAGAAUGAUACAGAGAAGAGAUGUUUAGAUUUGAAAAGUCCUGCUUCACUCACUGCUCAUAAAAAGGCACCUAAAAUUGACAUGCUGCUCGAUGAUCAUCUGCCCUCUGGAACGUCAGAGGACCGAGACAGCUGGACUGAAGAAAACGUAUCUGCGUCUUUCAGUAACAGGUUUCCGGUGUGUGACCUCAGGAAUGAGUUUGAGAGGGUUGCCCUGGACCUGUCUUCUGGUGCUGAGGAUACGGCAGAUUCGGGUUUAGGUUGUCUCAAUGUGUCUGGUUCUGAUGGAUCAGAUGGAAGCUCUUUAGGAGCGUGGGAUUGGACAGAGAGCGAGGAGGACAACUCCAGCUCAGAGGAGUACCACACAGCGGACGAGGACACUGACGCCGUCUGCCAGACCGACAGUAGUGUAGGGCCGUGUACUCCAGCACGGGGGAUUCUGGACCAUACCAGUCCCUGGAGCUGUGAGCAAGAAGAUCUGAGCAGCUCUGUGUCUUCCUGCUCCUCUUACAAAUCCACACACAGCACACCUGAAUAUCCCGAGGAGUUUCAGCCACAUGUUUUCCUCACUGGUGAAUCUCCCAGUAAGCUGGACAGUGAGGUGUUGUUAGCAGUGACUGGAAUAGACAUAGAUGAGCAGCGGUUUCCUUGCAUUAGCAGAUGGAGGAACACUGUUUGCUCUUAUCCUGAAUCUCAGAAGCACCAAUGGCCGACUCUUGUGGUGAUGAACAAACACACAGAGAGUGAGACGUCUACUCCUCGCAGACUUACACACAGCUGGCUAAGGGGCUCGCCCAGCUUCCUCAGCAUGAACAAGUUCAUCCCUGCGUCGUCUGUGUAUAACGGUUCACCCAAAAACACUCCACCUGCACUUAAACACUAAUUCUAUAGCGCACUUUCUGUAUUGCUUAUGCAAUAUGUUAUACUAUUUAAAAAACAUAAUCACACUUGUUAAAAUCUGCUGAACUUAGUCUUUGUUUAGCUCAGUUAGGAUAUAUAUAUAUAUUUUUUAUUUGGUCUUGCCCAUUUCCCAACCACAUCUCCUGUAGCAUAUGACAUCUACCAGCUGGGUAGGGUGCAGGCUGACACAUGCUCUCUCCAAGACACGUAAAGCCAGCUAACCAUGUCUGUGUCACUGGGCGGUGUAAAACACUCUGAGAAAAGCGCUAUCCGCCCUCUUCUGCAUACACAAGCGCACAGAUGCCCACAAUUGGUUAAUGUCGCUGUGAUUGAUAAGGGAGAUACACCAUCCCUCCCACCAAGAGAUUAUGGCCAAUUUUGCUCCCUUAUGCUCCCGGUCCAGACAAUAGAACAAACGCUUUUCUGUUACGCUCCUUGGGAGCCAUUUAGGAUAUUUAACGAAUUUCUGUGGAAAAUCAUUGGUUACACUGAAAUGUAAAAAAAAUAUUAAUUGAUAAGUAUUUGAACGGUUUGUGUAAAAGCCACAUUUGUUCUACUUUGAUGACUGUAAAACAAAAAGAACUUUAAGGAACACUAAUUAACACCUCAGUUGACCAAGUAUUUGCAUAUUUACUCUGUACAUAGUUAAUAAUCUUUUUUCCAGCACUUCCUCCACUAUUGCACCUUUCUCAAAGCAAUAUGCAUAAAUCAAGACCUUUCUUUGCCGAAAUAUUUGUAUUGCCGAGUACAUGUGCUACAGUUUAUAUGGUGUUUUUGUAUUUAAUGAAUAAUUCACGCUGCAUUGCCUGACUGUUCACUGUGUAUCAUAAAUAAUAUAUUGGCUUGAGGAAUUGCACUAUAAUUUUUCUACUUUAUGUCAAUAUUUUCCAAAGAGAGUAAGCAUAAUGCUAAAUGAAGAAUAAACUGAGUACUUCCUUUGUCACAA